AUGUUAUAUCGUACAGUUGACUAUCUUCCCAAGUCGUUUGAUGCGGCCCCGAUCAGUACUGCAACUGCUAUGGCUCUUCCAUUGCAGGCGGCUUUCUAUGUUCCUUCAUCCUCCUCACUGGUUGUUCCUCUUAAAGUCAAAGAGAUGAUGGUUUCUGAUGUAUUUCAGUACGAUGCCCGACUUAACUUUGUACAUUGGAAAGACACUCGUGACCCUUCCCUCCUCAGUUGGAAGCGAGCCCCUUCAACAGUGUUCAGAGGCCUCGCAUCUGGCACCCUUAAAUUCCAGCCCUACUUCCUCCCAGUGUGUAGCCCAGCCCCCCUUGUGGAUCCUGGAGUCUCUUUUGCGCCGCUGGUGGAUCAGUUUUGUCUGCACGAUGGUCAACCCCUUGGAAAUGCUCAGGCUUCGGCCAAAACAUUUCGUCUGUCUGUGCUGUCGUCGAUGGAACAACCCCUGGUCUUGCAGAAUAUCUCUGCUUCUCAUUGGAAAUUCUUUUGGUCCCUGUCUCUUACCUACAUUCAACGUAAUGUGAUAUACCGGCUCAUCACAGGCUGUAUCCCUUCUUGA